UCUUUAUUUUUUUUCGUUAGCAACUGACAACAGGCCAGUUGCUCCGAGUAGAAGCCGUGGCUCUCUUGCAAGCAGAAGUGGCAAGGCCUCAGAUUAGAGUGAGACCCCAGUCCUAGGCUGGGGUUCUUUCCAUAUAGAGGAGACGGAUUCAGAGGGGCUACAGACCAAGAUUGUUGAAAACCAGACGUAUGAUGAGCGUCUAGAGAUUAACGACUCUGAAGAGGUUGCAAGUAUUUAUACUCCAACCACGAAACACAAAGGAGUUCCUUGUUCCUCCCAUCUUUCUAACAAGACUAUGGCUGAUAACAGCAGUGAUGAAUAUGAAGAUGAAAAUAACAAGGAGAAGAAGAAGACCUCACAGCUGACGCCUCAGCGGGGCUUUAGUGAGAAUGAUGAUGAUGAUGAUGAUGAUGACUCAUCUGAAACUGAUUCUGAUGAUGAUGAUGAUGAUGAAGAGCACGGGGCCCCUCUGGAAGGGGCGUACGAUCCUGCAGACUAUGAGCAUUUGCCAGUUUCUGCUGAGAUUAAGGAGCUCUUCCAGUACAUCAGCAGGUAUACACCACAGUUGAUUGACCUGGACCACAAACUGAAGCCUUUCAUUCCUGAUUUCAUCCCAGCUGUUGGGGAUAUUGAUGCAUUCUUAAAGGUUCCACGUCCUGAUGGAAAGCCUGACAACCUUGGCCUAUUGGUAUUGGAUGAGCCUUCGACAAAGCAGUCAGACCCCACAGUGCUCUCACUGUGGUUAACAGAGAAUUCCAAACAGCACAACAUUACACAACAUAUGAAAGUAAAGAGCCUGGAAGAUGCAGAAAAGAAUCCCAAAGCCAUUGACACAUGGAUUGAGAGCAUCUCUGAGUUACACCGUUCCAAGCCCCCUGCAACUGUGCACUAUACCAGGCCUAUGCCUGAUAUUGACACACUGAUGCAGGAGUGGUCUCCAGAGUUUGAAGAACUUUUGGGAAAGGUGAGCCUGCCCACAGCAGAGAUUGAUUGCAGCCUGGCAGAGUACAUUGAUAUGAUCUGUGCCAUUCUAGACAUCCCUGUCUACAAGAGUAGAAUUCAGUCCCUCCAUCUGCUCUUUUCCCUCUACUCGGAAUUCAAGAACUCACAGGUUAUCCUGCUGUCCUUUAAUACAGAAGAGAGAAGGCAGACUGACCAUAGGCAGAGAUGAGAAACUUGGCCUAGAGGCAUUCAGUGACUUGCAGUUCAAGCAAAUCAACCUUCAGAAAUAAAAUCAAACCCCAAUCCUUCAAGGUUGGCAGUAGAGGGGAAACAUCUUUCUCCCAGAACCUAUUUUUUCUGGGAGUCUCCCACCAGGUAGUGCUGCCGGCCUUAUGGGCUGGCUGCCUGUCUGGCCCCAGACUGCCCGGCUAUGGUUUCAGGGAGCCUAGCUACUGCAGCCACCCAGGGGAGAGAGGAUGGCGUCUUGGAUUAGGGUGGUAGUGGUAGAGGUGGACAGACUGGGGAAAUUUUCUGAAGGUUAUAUCAGCUAAAUUCUACUCAGGAAGACAAAUUCUAACAAAGGAUGUUAAAUAUGGGCAACUGGUUACAAAAGUGUCUGAAGGGCUGAAGAAACAAAAGGGAGAAUGAAGGUGCUUGAGGAACAAGGGUUUAGUAUCCACUGCGGGGGUUGGAAACAGAAGAGUUGCCACUGGGGUCAGGACUGCCGAGCAGUUCUAUAACCCCUCUUCCCAGGCGACAGCCACCCUCCUCUCUCCCACCCUCUCCUGUUCUGCCAAGUGCCUCCCACUGGCAGAAAUUAACAGUUGGCAAGGGAAUCAGGAAAACUGGGCAGCAUAGAGUACAGUAGGGAGGGUGUGGGGUAAGAGACAACAGAGAAAUAACCAGCAGAGGUGGAACCAACAGAACUUGGUGAUAGAGUGGAUGUGGGGGAUGGAAGAGAAGAAAUCAGGGACGACUUGCAGGUUUUUAGGCUUGAGCAGCUGGGUGGAUAAUGGACGUGAGAAUACUAAGCAACUCUGAGAACAGGAAUAAGAGGCCAAAUUUAAAAUAAGAGGAUAAAAUAGAGGAAUGAGCAGUGAGGCUCUCAGUCCUCUUCCAGGCUUAUCCCUCCAAAGUAGAAUAUUGGAAGAGUCCUAAGCAGCCAAAGAGAAAAGACCUAAAGAUAUUGAUGGGGUAAUCUAAGCAAAUGCCUCGGUCCCGCUACCUACCCAUCAGCUUGCAUUCAGCUUUGGGGUAUCUCCUUGUGUGUAUAUAUGUGUGUGUGUGUGUGUAUACACAUAGGCAUGCCUGCAGCUCUCAUUCUUAAAUAUGAAUGUACAGUCACUAGGCAUUUGAAGAAAGCCAGAAAAAGACAGAGUAAAAUACAGCAAAGAAAAUCAGAGAAACUAAAUUUUUUUUAACUAUAAUAUUCAUAGAGAAGUAGUUCUCAAAUUUGGUUGCAUGUUAGAAUCAACUGGAGAUAUUCUAAAGAUAAGUUUCCUCUCCCAGACAAUACACCAGACUAAUGAAAUCACAACCUCUGAAAGUAGGAUAUAAGAAUCUGUAUUUUUUAAGCUCCUCAGAUUAUUUCAAUAUGCAGAAAAAUUUGAGAACCACUGUCAGAGAGAUGAGAAAAUACCACAUCCAUGAAAUAAAAGUAGGAGACUUAUAAAAGGAACAUACAAUACAGCAAGAAGAUACAACAAUUAUAAACAUUUACACACCUAAUAACAGACUUUCAGAAUAUAUGAGGCGAAGUUGACAACUGAAGGGAGAAAGAGUUUUACAAUAAUAGCAAGACACUCUCAAUAAGGGAUAGAACACCCAAACUGAAGAUAAGUAAGGAAAUAUCCUGAGCAGCACAAUAAACCAACUAGUUCUAACAGACACAAACAGAACUCUAGCCAACAGCAGGGAAUACACUUAAGUGCACAUGGGACAUGUUCCAGGAUAGAACAUAUGUUAGGGCACAAAUUAAGUCUCAACAGAUUUUAAAAGGUAGAUAGCAUACAAAGUACUUUCUCAGACCACCAUGAAGAGCAGUUAGAAAUCAAUAACACAAGGAAAACUGAAAAAUUCUGCGGAAGUUAAAUAUACUUAACCAACGGGGCAAAGAAAUCACAAGGGAAAUUGGAAAAUAACUUAAGAUUCUUAGAGAUAAAUGAGAACAAAAACACAACAUUCCAAAACUUAUGGGCUACAGCAAAAGCAGUGCUCAGAGGCAAUUUAUAGUUAUAAAUGCUUACAUUUAAAAAGUACUCAGGGACUUCCCUUGUGGUCCAGUGGCUAAGACUCCUGAGUUCCCACUGCAGGGGGCCCAAGUUCAAUCCCUGGUUGGGGAACUAGAUCUCACAUGCCACAAGUAAGACUGGGCACAGCCAAAUAAAGCAGUGAAUUUAAGUACUCAGUCUGGCUUUACAACCCGAGGAACUAGACAAAGAACAAACUAAACUCAAAGAUAGUGGAAGGAAGGAAAUAAAGAUUAGAGCAGAGAUAAAUGGAGAAUUAAAAAAAAUUUUUUUUGAAGGAAUGAAACAGACAUGUAACAUUCACUCAGUCAAGUUUAUUGAACCUACUGUGUGCUCAGCACUGUUCUUGGCGGUAUUGAGAAAAAUUACAAAACAAGGUAUCAACAAGG